GGUAUAAAUUGUUAUGAUGCGUUUAAAGAAGAAUAUUUUAUCUUUUGUGCUGUUAUAGUUAAUUGGUCAGGUGAUACUCCAGGGUUGAUGAAAUUAAUAGGUAUAACUGGACAUAAUAGUUAUAAAGGGUGUCGAUAUUGUAAUUUGAGAGGAGUUCACACAAACUAUAUCUAUUAUCCUACAACUCUACCUCCAAAUUUUAAUUCAGAAAGAUAUUGUCCAGCUAAUCUACCAAAUAGAACAUAUGAAGAAUGGAAAGAAAGGUUUAAGAAAAUCUGUGAAGCAAAAUCUGAAAAAAAGUGA